UUCCGUCACUCUUGUUCCGAUUAAUUCAGGAUCUGCCCAAGGUCGUUGCUCAUUCCUUCUCUGAAGUCGCCAUGUCUCUUAAUCUCUCGAUUAUGCUGAUCCUUCUUUCAGUGACUGCUCUUCUUUCAACCAGCGAGGCUAAUGGAGCUAGGACCUUUGUCUUUGGGAUACCACAAAACGUAAGAGAUCAAGCCUCUUAUUCUAAAAUCAUCAUCACCACAGUCAGCAAGGAGACUCUCCGGGUCAAUGUAACGCUGGGUGGCGGUCUCCAAUACUCAGGCACUGUCAGUGCUAGCCACAGCUACAGUCUUAGCAUUCCAGAAAGCCUCAUAGUGAAGAACUCUUACUCCCAGGACAGAAAUAAAGGAAUAAUAGUUGAAGCCUCAGGCGAGGUUGAAGUAACAGCCUACAACAGACUCACUACAAGUACUGAGUCGAUUGGUGCAUUCCGUGUACUGCCAUACAGCUCACUCCCUGAGCUGUACCAGUAUAGAUACAUUGCUGUUAGUACUGGUAGUACAUUCAAGUUUCAUGGACUCAUACUGCUGGUAGGUUGUGAGGAGGAGACUAUCGUUAACAUCAAACCAUCCGUUACCGUAGAAAUGCCUCAAGAUCUUCAACUAAGCAACUCAAACAUAACAGUUGUCGCUGAAGGACAGAAUCAUCAAGUGGUUUUACACAAAGGACAAACGUUACUUCUAAAAGUUCUUAAGGGAAAUUUCACCGGAACAGAAAUAAUCUCAAACAAACCUUUAACAGUGGUGAGUGGACACGAGUGUGGACGAAUGCCUGAGUCAGAAGGAGGCUGUGACCAGUUAUUGGCUCAAAUACCGCCUACAGUAACAUGGGGAAAGGACUUCAUUCUCCUUCCACUCUCUGGGCGUAUAUCUGGACACAUCUACAAAGUAAUAGCUUCUCAGAAUGAUACAACUAUCAAUCAUAACUGCAACGACACUGUGGGUAGUCCUUUUGUUUUAUCAGAUCGUGAAGUCAUGGAGUUUUGGUCACCUAGUGACAGGUCCUGUCACGUCAAAGCUGAUAAACCAAUAAUGGUAGCUCAGUUCAGCUUAGGACAGGACACAGACGGAGUGGGGGACCCUACCCUAACUAUCGUACCUCCAAAAGAACAAUAUGUUCAUGAGAUAUCAUUUAAGAGUUUCUCUGGAGACAGUUCAAUCAAUGAUCAAUACAUGAACAUUAUUGUACCUUCUGACUGCUUCCAUCAUAAUCUAAUCAGACUAGAUGGGGAGGUUAUAAUGUGCGAAUGGAGUCUAGUGUAUUCCUAUGACUCAGAGACAGUGAUUGGCUAUACUUGCAAGAAGUCAUUAGAAGCAGACACAGUCCACACUCUAACUCACAUUAAACCAGGAGGACACAUGGCUCUCUCAGUCUGUGGAUUCACAGGGAGAAAGGGUUACGCCUACAACGCUGGGUUUGCCUUGCAACCUCUCAACUCAAUUGUAAAGGUUCUGUUUUCAAAGAGCAGCUACCAGGUGAGGGAGAAUGAUGAAUACGUGCUAGUUCAAGUUACAAGAAUGGAUGAUGUUGUCUCUCCUGCUGGAGUUACAGUAAUAGCAUUGUCUGGAACAGCACAUUCUUCUAAAGAUUAUGUCCAACUCAAACAAGACUUGAUAUUUGAAGUUGGAGAGAAACACAAGACAGUCAAAGUGUACAUGAUAGAUGAUGAUUGUGUGGAAGAGAGAGAGACAUUCAAACUGGUCAUAGAACCUCACAACAUAUACUCUCCUUCCAGUGAAGCAACAGUAGAUAUCAUUGAUGAUGACAGUAUACAAAUUGGAUUUUACUCACCACAAGACGGAGGGCAGGCUCUUUAUGAAGAUGACGAGAAAAUGUUUGUAGUUGAAAUAAUGAAUGGAAGCUUUCCCUCUGAUGAUGAAACAGCAAAUAUAACACUGAGCUUGGAGAUUGUGGAAUCAACAGAUACCGCUGCUCCCCCUCAUGUUGAAAUGGUUACCUUCUCAAGUGGAAAAAAUCGCACAGUCAUCUUGUACAAACAGCGUAGCCAUGACAACGACAUCUCGUCUCUAGUAGGAUUCCUGAAAGUGGAUAAGACAGAUAAAGUGGAUCAGGAUCAAGUGUACCUUAAGCCCAGCGUCAACAUUCUUCAUGUUCAUCCACUGAUGAGCUCUUCUAUGGUAUCUGUCAUAGCUACAGCCACUCCAACAGGAGAACCCACUGCACCUCCUUUCAUAGAGUACCAUACUUCAUCACAGUCCACUUCGAUCAGCACCAUUGUGCUCAUUGCCUCCAUCUCUUCCUUCUGUACUGCACUAGUCGUGGUUGCUUUCGCUCUCUUUGGGUGUUUCUUAUCGUACAAGUACGGACAGAACAAUGACUUCCGGUAUCAGUACUUCAGGAGAAAGACUCCUCCAAGAGAGACUUACAUAGUGCACGAGGUCGUCAAUUCAGUUUAACUAUUUUAUAAUCACCAUUUUCAUUUCAAUCUCUUUUUAACAGACUGUAAUACACAUGUAUUCAUUUUUUGUACUAAUUUAUGUUCAUUUGUAUGUAUCACUGUAUGUGCAACUCAUUAUGACCUGUAUAAUAUCUAUACAAUAUUGACAUGUUAAUUUGGCAUUUAACCUGUUUAAUUAUAAAAUAAUAAUUAUACAAUAAAUAAAUUUAGCAACAAAUUGCUGACACACUC